AUGUCAGCAGAUUUCUGGAGCUCAUCACAACGUAACAGGUGGCAACUUACCAGGCAUUCUUUGUUGGAAUCGAGGCGAAAACUCCUCUUGCUUGAGAAAAAAAUGAUUCAGAAUGGAUUUAUCAAGGAUUACCCAAAUGUCGAAUAUGAUGCCAAUACAAGAAUAUAUUUGCAUAAUUUACUUAUUAAACUAGGCAGAAGGCUCAAUGUCAGACAAAUUGCAUUAGCUACAGCAGAAAUAUACAUGAGCAGGUUCCUCAUCAAAGUGCUGUUGAAGGAAAUAAAUGUAUAUUUGCUCGUAACAACGUGUCUAUAUGCUGCUUGUAAAAUUGAAGAAUGUCCCCAGCAUAUACGGCUUAUUACAUCGGAGGCACGGAAUCUAUGGCCGGAAUACAUCCCCCAGGACGUAACCAAGCUAGCCGAGUUUGAGUUCUAUUUGAUCGAAGAGAUGGACCUGUUCUUGGUUCUACAUCAUCCAUAUCGCUCACUCCUACAGAUCAGGGACUACUUGAACGAGAACUUCGCUCUCUACGGAUUCUCGUUGUCAGACGACGAAUUGCAGAAUUCAUGGUCCCUUAUAAACGAUAGCUACAUCACCGACCUCCAUCUCCUAUUACCACCGCACAUAAUAGCCAUUGCUACCAUAUAUAUAACCAUAGUGCUCAAGAAAAAUAUCAGUUCGUUGCGUCUUGGUGCAAAUUCCAUGUCCAAUGAUACAGUAGGCAUGGACCCGCAUACAAAACCCAACUCCAACUCCAUCCACGCCGAAGACCUCAUGGCCUUGGCCACUGGUGGCUCCGCCAUCAAUGACAUUGGGAACCCAUCCUCUGGCACGAAUGGUUUCCACGACAUAGAACUAGACGAAAAUACAAUCAAGAUCAACAAAUUCAUGACUUUUCUAGAUCAUUCCCAUGUAAAUUUGAACGAAGUCGUUGAGGCUAUACAGGACAUCAUCACCUUGUAUGCUAUUUGGAACAGGUACAAUGAAAUGUCCGUGAAAAAAGUGCUACAAGAUAUGCUAUUAAAUAGAUCUGUAUAA